CUGACAAUUGAUUACAGACCGAUCAAUCAUGAACUAGAGAAAGAUGGAUUCUCUCAAGAUCGAAGAACAGAUAAAGGGUUUGCUAGGGUUGAAUCUAGGUGGUGGAGUUCCUACUCAAGGUGCUCCUGGAACCUCAAUCCAACCCGAAAUAGUAACCGUUUCAUCUCAACCUGCACCUGGAGCCUAUCCACGACUUAAAGAGAAGCCCUCUCAGAAACCUACUGGACCCAAACAUACAGGAGAAAAAGGAUCAGCAAAGAAACCUAAGGUUAACUCAUUGAACGAUGGGUCUUUUAACGGAUUCCAGAGUAUCGAGGAGUUUUUUGUUUCAGAAAUCAAAAAGGAGAGUAAAGUAUCUCGAGCUGAGGAUUACACUGCUCCAGAACCUGUUGUCAAUUACCUCGCCUCGAAAUAUAUCCGAGCAUUGAAGAAGAAAUCUACAAAGUUCCUCCGUGCACAGUGGUUCUGCCAUCUCUGCGAGUACCACUGUGAUAAUCUAAACAAGUGUUACGAACAUUUCAUUGAUACUCGGCACAGUAGGCUUACAAGGAUAAAGGAGAUCGAUACAACCCUAGCAAACCUUCCCAGGUUAGACUGA